AACCUCGUUCCUCUUAAAUUGAGUUGUGUAAAAAGCAUGUUGGACCACUGCUCGGCGCUCGCGUACCAUUUCGGUCCACCGCUACAUCCUGCCACUGCGCUCAGAUCCGGUCAUCCGAAAAGCUUCUACUCACCAGAGCGCAUUGACAGCAGCGAUGUACAAGUAGCCUACUACCAUCGAAAGCGCAGCCUCGUUACUGUAUUCCUCAGAAGAAAGGAUGCGGUGACGAUGGAACAAGACAGAGCAGCUCUGUAGUAGCCUACUGUACAACAAUUCCAAUCCGGAUUUACAUGAAAUCCCCAACUGUCUCUACCAGAGCAUUGUUGUAAUCCGCUUCUGAACAGAGGGAACACCCCGUCUUUUCCAAUCAGGUUUCAGAUUGAUUCUUCACCUUGCUUAGAGAGGAUAGGCACCCUGGACUGUAUUCGGAGCUGAGAGAAGGCUGAGGAGUUUGGAGAUGCUCUGAGCUGAAACCCUAAAAAUUAAAUAUGCCAGCCUCGCUCUAGUAUUUUUCAUUAUUUUUGUUUUAUUUUCUACCUAUUACACAGCAGGACAUGGUGCAUAUGACAACUGUAUUUAUCCAGUAACCUAAUAGUUUGAAGGUAUCCCUUUUCGAAUGCCAACUCAACAAUGAACUCUAAUGCAGGGCCUUACCGGCACAGCGCCUACGGAGGCAGCCCGAGCGGCAACGCCGUGACCAUUCACUGUCUCCGCUGCCGGGAGGUCUGUAAGGGAGAGGUGGUUCGUGUGCAGAAUGUCCACUUCCAUGUCAAGUGCUUCACCUGCCAAGUGUGUGGCUGUGACCUGGCCCGUUCAGGCUUCUUCCAGAAGGGAAGAGAGUACAUCUGUACAGAGGACUACCAGCGCCUCUAUGGCACCAAGUGUGAUAGCUGUGGAGACUUCAUCACAGGGGAGGUGGUCUCUGCGCUGGGGCGUACCUACCACCCCAAGUGUUUUGUCUGCAGCAUGUGCAGAAAGCCUUUCCCUAUCGGAGACAGGGUGACCUUCUGUGGGAAGAAGUGUGUCUGUCAGCAGUGCUCCCAUUCGCUAGUCAGCAGCGCGCCGGUCAAGAUCCACGGACCCAGCCACUGUGCAGGCUGUAAGGAGGAGAUCAAACAUGGCCAGUCUCUCCUGGCCCUGGAGAAGCAGUGGCAUGUCAGCUGCUUCAAGUGUCAGACCUGUGGCACUGUGCUGACCGGGGAGUACAUCAGCAAGGAUGGUAUUCCAUACUGUGAGACUGACUACCACACCCAGUUUGGCAUCCAGUGUGUGACGUGUAACAGAUACAUCAGUGGCAGAGUGCUGGAGGCAGGGGGAAAGCACUACCACCCCACCUGUGCCCGUUGUGCCCGCUGUCUCAUGAUAUUUACAGAAGGAGAGGAGAUGUACCUGACAGGUUGCGAGGUGUGGCAUCCUGUGUGUAAACAAGCAGCUCGAUUGGAGAAGAAACUCCGAUUCAGACGUACCUCGGAGGCCUCCGUAUCUCCCCCUGGGUCCAGCAUCGGCUCCCCGAGCCGCAUCAUCUGUGCCAAAGUGGAAAACGAGGUCCUAAGUUACAAAGAUCUGGCCGCACUGCCUAAGAUUAAAACUAUUUGUGACGUGCAGCGGCCCGAUCUCAUUCCCUGUGAGUCUAAUCACAGAUACUCAUCUGAUGACAGACUAGAAAGCUACAGCUAUGGGGAGUCUCUGGGAAAUCUCUCUCCAAACUCUCAGGACGUCUAUGACAGGGUGGAGCUGAGACAAAGGCGCUCCUCCAGCCCAGGCUUCAAUGACUCUCCCACCUACAGCCGCCAGGGCAUGUCUCCCACCGUGUCCACUUCCUGCUCCCCACAGCACCGCUUCCGCCCCGGCACUGAGAGUGGCAGGAGCUCUCUCUCUUACAGUCAGCUUGACACCAGGUCCAGCAUGUCCACCACCUACCAAGCCCCCAAGCAUUUCCAUGUGCCAGCCACAGGGGAUCUCAACAUCUACAGGAAACCUCCCAUCUGUAAGCGACAUGAUGAUUCAAACUACUCGGCCACUAAGAGUAAAACCAGCGACAACAUCCUCCAGACUUCCCAGUUUGUCGACUCGUACUCUCCUGACCACGACCACCAGCAGUCUAACUACUACCCCUACACUCCCUCUCCCAGAGCUACUCGUGCCCGGAGGUUUUCCUCAGGUGGAGAGGAGGAUGGGUGGAAUCAAGGUCUUAACAGACUCCAAGGUGGUAUAGGCCGUAUGAUUCUGAAGGAGGAGAUGAAAGCCAGGUCUGGUUCCUAUGACAAUGACCCGUGGAGCAGCGCACGGAACUCGCGCACCAACUCCCGCACCAACUCCCGCACCAACUCCCGCACCAACUCCCGCAGUGGCAGCAAAGAGGCCCUGCACAAUGUGGGCUACGGCAACACUGUCAACGGAUCUCCCACCAGAUCCCACUACAGUACAGACAGUGACUCCUUCAUCUCCAAGUCAGCCUCAUUGCCAGGCUAUGGCAGGAACGGACUGCACAGGCCCCAGAGUGCAGAUUAUUUCCAGUACGACAGCAGCAGUGCAGUUAACUGGGGAAUCCGAGAAUACAAAAUCUACCCAUACGCUGUGUUGGUGGUCACCAUAAGGAGGCAGAACCAGCCCCCCAACGACGUGGACCGAGCCAGGCUAGAGCGCCACCUGUCUCCUGAGGACUUCUACCGGGUGUUUAGGAUGACCAUGCCUGAUUUUGACCGGCUGGCACUGUGGAAGAGAAACGAGCUCAAGAAACAAGUCCGACUGUUCUGAAAGGAUCAGACUGUAGAAGCUCAGUAUAGCAGCCUGCUGGGCUUAACGUUAGAGGGGCCUGAGUCCUCACUGUGAGCCAUAAUAACCCGUCUGGGUAGUCCUCGAUCCAUCAGGUCAGAGUCACAGCAGAACCCGAACUGAAACCAGCUUGGGUUCUAGCCAUAGAAAUAGAAUGAGUUGUAAUGAUAAAGUUAUGUUGUUCCAGGACAUCCUCUGGGCCAGAGACAUCCAGUCAGCCUGAGUCUAUACAUCAAUAAUAUAUCUCUGGAGAAAGAGGAGUAACAGGCUCCUCCCACCGGGCCAUGUCUGUUUGUGGGAGAACUAGACCAGGCUAGUUCUGCCUAUGCUUUCAGUAUUAUGUGUUUGUUUUAUUAGGGGGAGUUUAACUAUAGUUCAAUGGCUGUCAUGUCAUGAGGUUAUAGCAGAUUUGAACCCUUUUCAGGUUGCAGGUUUGGAGAGCUCUGAGACAUUACCUUAUGAUCAAGCAGGAAAGAGAACACCAGCAAACUGUCCAAACAGAACGUUCUACCAGAUCAACUCUGUCCUUGCUUUCUUUACUCGAAAUAUAUUGUUUCAUUCAGACUUUUAUUUAUUUAUUUUUUACAUUGAGACUAAAACGUUGUAUUUCUUAAUAGAGCAAGGGUCCCCCACGGAGUGAAAGGCUAGAUCGAUGUAUUGUGGUAGUACAGUUUAAGAAAAUGUGUGGAUCAUUGUGUGUUUACUGAAAAACCAAAUUAAUACAACUAUAUUAAGAACCAAUUAGUGUGUUUGCUUGUGUUGUUUUGUUUUAGAUAGCAACAUGCUUAAAGAGCGACUGUCCCUAAAAAGCAACUUCUCUUUUUGAAAACAGCCUAUGUGGCAUCGAUAUGAGUCAAAAUCAUUGAUUCAAGUGUUAAAAUUGACUACAAAGUGUGAAUAGGAUAGUUUUGGUCAUAAAGUCAGUCUCAUCCAAAAUCAGAGAUUUGCGAGAUAAUAGAAAAAAUGUUAUGUCACGGAAUGAAGGGUACCCUAACAGAAUGAAGGGUACCCUAACAGAAUGAAGGGUACCCUAACAGUUUUCCUUGAGUUGGGUUUAUUUCAAUGUGGUUUGACAUUUUAAAUCCCUAUGGGGCUCGUUAAGGACCAUCUGUAAAUUACACAAUGUACAUGGAACAAUCAUUUCAAAUAUUAAUAGCUCCAAAUUUUUAAAAAAAGAAGAAAAUGUACUACUUUAAAAUGAAGAUAGCAUUUUAGGCCUUUUAUGCUGUCACAGACACUAUAAUGGCACAAAUACAAAGAUGAGUCCAUCUAUCACUAUGGCCUCUUGUUUGUACAUGUAUCUGCCCUCUCAUUGGCUAGAAUGGUCCCACCUGAUCUCGCCUACUCCCACCUGCUUUCUGUCUUUGAGGACAUGUAUUUCCAUUGUGAGAGCAGUCAAUCGACUAUCUUGUCAAUACAAUAGACAAUCUUUGCUACGUGGGAACACACACACAAAAGACACCCACUUUAACCCCCCCGUUUGGCUUCAGUCAUGGCCUUCUUAAUGACCAAGCCAAAAAAUGAGGCCAAAUCAGGAAGUUCAGCUCCCCUUUAAACAGACUGAAUGCACGUUUCCAGAGAAUAUAAGACCAGGUUCUUGUCUACAUACUAACAGUUGAUUAUUUUACUAAAUUGACGGGAAAGAUCCAAACAAUGUAAUGUAUGUAUUGGAGUUUUGGAUUAUUUAGUCUUAUCAAUUUCAAUUGAACCAAAGGGUUUCAUUUACAGUAAUGGAAUAUCAUGUUAUGAUUGGAUCUUGAAUUGUAUUCAGAGCUGGGAUUGUAUUUAGGAUAAAAGCUGACGUGACUGACUCUUCAUGGGGAGACAUGACCUGAUUCUAACUCAACACAUGGAGACAGAGAUAAUGAAUAGAGAUAUACAUUAAUUAGAUUGAAUCUGUCUGUGGAGGAAAGUGGAUUGAAGGGAUCGGAGACCAGAAGUCUGGAUUAGAGAUGAAAUAGAGGAAUGAAUCUGAAUUAGAUUACAACUGAAAGGGAUUGAAUGAACUCUUCCUUGAACAAUACCAAGGUGAGGAGGGAAUGAAUCGAGGUGAGAAGGGAAGGAAUCGAGGUGAGGAGGGAAGGAAUGGAGGUGAGGGAAUUUUGUGGAUGUAGAAGUGGAAUUGAUUUGAUGGAAUUGUCCUGAUUGGUCGAUGUGGAUACCAGUCCAAAUGACAACCAGGGUCCUGAUAUCAUUUGUUUUUGUUUUUGUUUCAUACAGUGCGAUCUAAAUCAACUUAGGGGGUGAAAUGAUUACUGGUUGCUAAAGAAUACACUAUAGUGUGCAUACAGUAAAACAAAACAUUAUCCUGUUGGGUUUUGAAGAGGUGACUCCUGUUGGGUUUUGAAGAGGUGACUCCUGUUGGGUUUUGAAGAGGUGACUCCUGUUGGGUUUUGAAGAGGUGACUCCUAGUCAUCUCCUGUUGGGUUUUGAAGAGAUGACUCCUAGUUAUCUCCUGUUGGGUUUUGAAGAGGUGACUCCUAGUCAUCUCCUGUUGGGUUUUGAAGAGGUGACUCCUAGUCAUCUCCUGUUGGGUUUUGAAGAGGUGACUCCUAGUCAUCUCCUGUUGGGUUUUGAAGAGGUGACUCCUAGUCAUCUCCUGUUGGGUUUUGAAGAGGUGACUCCUAGUCAUCUCCUGUUGGGUUUUGAAGAGGUGACUCCUAGUCAUCUCCUGUUGGGUUUUGAAGAGGUGACUCCUAGUUAUCUCCUGUUGGGUUUUGAGGAGGUGACUCCUCGUUAUCCAAUAGAUCAUACAAUAUAAUUGGUAGCCUGCAUGCAAAGCUGUCCUUUCAGUUGUAUUUGAACGGUCUGGUAUGAGGUUGUGCGUCAUAGGAAGAGAUAGUUCUGAUUGUUAGUGUAUACAGCACUGCCUUUAUCAGACUCAUAUUAGUCAUACUGACUAGCAGCAGUCAUUUAGUAUAAAUAACUCUUACUGUCAUCUUUGUAAUGGCUGUUUGUUUUAAAGGUGUGUGUGUGUGUGUGUGUGUGUGUGUGUGUGUGUGUGUGUGUGUGUGUGUGUGUGUGUGUGUGUGUGUGUGUGUGUGUGUGUGUGUGUGUGUGUGUGUGUGUGUGUGUGUGUGUGUGUGUGUGUGUGUGUGUGUGUGUGUGUGUGUGUGUGUGUGUGAGAGAGAGAGAGAGAGAGAGUCGCAAGUUAUCAUAGAUAUUUACAAUACUAGCAGCAAUACUAGUCAAUAAUGUACAUACAGUGCUUCCAGAAUUCACAAUCUAAUUUUUGAAUCUAUAUCCAUUAUAAAAGGUUUGGGAGACUUUUAAAUGUAUGUUUUCAUUUUGUAACUGUACAAAGCAAUCUGCAUAUGAUUUAUUUCAAUGUCAGAACUACUGCUCAACAAAUGAUGUACAUAUUUUAUUUAAAUUAAAGCAGUUUACAUGUG